AUGUGGUAUUUCAACAUUAAAAAACCAACUAUUGUCAUCGACAAUGGAUCAUAUGAAUUAAAGGCAGGAUUUUAAGGACAUUAUGCUCCUUCAUGCCGUAUACCUACUGUUGUAGGAAGACCAAAACUUGAAAAUUCGGACGAAGAUUUUGAAGAUCAAUAUUUUGGAGAAGAGGCUAUGGCUAAAGCAAAUGCCUUGUCACUUAAAUACCCAAUUCAACGAGGUAUUAUAAAUGAUUGGGAUGGUAUAAUAUAUAUAAAUAUGAUAUUGAUAUGGAAUCAAUUUGGAAUCAUGUAAGAAUCUGAGCACCCAAUUCUUUUGACUGAAGUUCCAAUUAAUCCAAAUGCGAACAGAGAAAAGACAAUGUAGAUCCUAUUUGAAACAUUCCAAGCACCGUUAAUCUCACUUGUUAAUAAAGCUGUGCUACCACUUUAUGCUGUAGGAAAGUUAACUGGUGUUGUUGUAGAUUCUGGAUAGGAUGACACAAACAUAGUUCCAGUCUAUGAAGGUUAUUACCUUUAACAUGCUGUUCUCAGAAGAGAUUAUGCAGGAAAUGCUUGCACUUAAGAGUUUCUUUAAAUCUUGAAUAAAUCAGGAUAUUAUUUUUAUAAACACUAUUAUCGAUCUCUUAUCAUUGAGAUGAAAGAGAAAUUAUGUUAUGUUGCUUAAGACUAUGAUAAGGAAAUAAAGAAAUACAAGGAAAGUGGUGCCGAAGACACCAAAUAUGAAUUACCAGAUGGAGAUUUUAUAACCAUUAAAAAUGAAAAAUUCAGGUGUUCUGAAUUACUCUUCAAGCCUUAUUAAGAAGUGGAAGUUGGAAUUCAUGAGUUAGUAUAUAAUUCAUUAAAAAAGUGCGAUCCUUCACUCUAAUUAUACCUCUAUUUAAACAUUAUACUCUCAGGAGGUAAUACUCUGUUAAAAGGAUUCAGACAAAGAUUGUAGAAAGAAUUAAAAUCUAUGCCUCCUGAAUCAAUAAAACCUAAGAGCCUACUUCGCUACUUUGAUAUUGAAGACACAUCUGAACAUAAUUUCAUAUCAUGGAAAGGAGGAGAAAUCUUAGCAUCAUUAGAUUCAUUCCUAUUUACAUGCUUCGAAAGAAAAGAAUACGAUGAGUAAGGCCCAUCCAUUGUUCACAGAUGGAUGUAUAAAUGA